ACGUGAUGACAUCACUCACAGAGAACCUCCCUGUCAGCUGUGGCGUUAAAUAUCUCUAUCUGUAGCUUAGCCAAGCCAAAUAGAGAAUACAAUUAAGCUCCUGUGGGGUUUUCCGUUAUGGAUAAGAAUGCUACUCGAUACAAUGUCCAACUAUAUAUUUAUGAUUUAUCGAGAGGAAUGGCCCGCAGCCUCAGUCCCAUCAUGUUAGGAAAACAACUGGAGGGGAUCUGGCACACAGCUAUAGUCGCAUACGGAGAUGAGUUCUUCUUUGGAGGCGAGGGGAUCUCGAGCUGUUCACCGGGUGGAACGAUGCUGGGACAUCCGGACACGGUGGUGGAGCUGGGCGAGACCGAGGUGUCUGACGAGAUCUUCAUGGAGUACCUCUCGUCCCUGGGAGAAAGCACAUACAGAGGUGACAGGUAUCGUCUGUUUGAGCACAACUGCAACACCUUCACUAACGAGGUGGCUCAGUUCCUGACGGGCCGGAGCAUUCCAUCCUACAUCACCGACCUGCCCUCUGAAGUCCUCUCGACGCCGUUCGGACAGAUACUGCGGCCCAUCUUGGACUCGAUCCACAUCGCCCCUCCAGGGGGAAACGUCAUCAAUGGGGGGAGAAACAUGUAAACUGAGAGGGUGGGGGGGGAGGGGGGGGGGGGAGUCACAGAGCGCUCAGAAAAAAACACCUUCAUCGUCAUCAGUCAACCAGAAGAUCCUGAAUCCUUUUCUUUUUCUCUCAUCCUUUCAGUGAACAGAUGGCACAUAAGCACUGAAGCUGCAGGUAGUCCAUGGAGCUUCAGCUGACCAGUUAGUCCUUACAGUUCAUGGUUUAAUGAUAGUUUCCCUCUUACAAAGGCAGUAGGUUUGUAAAUACUAUGUUGGGGGAUUACAUUUGAGGGUCCAUCAAAUGAAAAAAUCCCCAGAAAGAGCGUUGCAAUAUCAUAGUCUACCAGCAUAACCAGAUGUUAAAAUAGCUACUACUGACUUUGAUGAAUGUGUUAUUCUUAGAAAUCCAUCCUCAGAAAGUCAGACGCAUUAUUUACCUUUAGUGAGAAUGUGUAAUGUCACGCCACAGCAUAGAAAUAUUGCACAUUUUAACCAGUUUUACCUGAUCGCUGUUACUGAACCACCUGCAACAUCAAAAUACCUCUGAGACAUAAGUGCAUACAGCUUGUUUAAAUAACUUCUGUUCUUAGGGAAAAUGCUCCUCUACUGUUAUUUUAUGUUUGAUCUUGCAGAGCUGCUAAGGAGACAUGGGCAGGACAAAUAUCUGUGAUUUUUCAUGCAUGCAGAAAACGUUCUCGUUCCCCAUAAGAAUCUGGCCUGCAAGUGAAAAACUUUGAUGCGAGCACGGGAGCAUUUCUCGAGCCUACAGGAUUAUUUCUAAGUUUUCAACGUGAAGAAGAAACUCACAGACUUUUUUUUUUUCUUGCCCAUGUUCCCUAAAGAGUUCUGUAAAAAUACUCUGCAACCAGAAAUAUUCUGAUAUCUUUAAUACUAACUCUGAAUAUGACUCUGUUCUUUUCCAUGUCUGUGUUCAAGCUUCCUUUUUUUUUUGAACCUCAUGUUCUUUUCUGUUUCAGUAUGGUAUAACCUGUUGUCUUAUUUUGUAUGAUUUUAUUUGCACCUUUUUAUGCCGGUAUCUUGGCCAUGUGUUCUUGUAAAAGAGGUUAAAUUAAAAUACAUGUUUAUACCAUA